GGCCGACUGGUGUACAUAGAAGCAGUAACACGCGAGAAGUCGUUGAAUCAAGUUAGCCAUCACAGCGUUACAUUGAAUUAACACAAUGCCUUCCUACAAGUUGACAUACUUCAAGUACACUGGCCUUGCGGAGGUAAUCAGAUUUUUGUUGCACCAAAGCGGUAUUCAGUUCGAAGACAACAGGCUUAAUUACACCGAAGAAUGGCCAAAAGUGAAAGCUCAGAUGCCAAUGGGUCAGCUACCCGUUUUGGAAAUCGACGACAAGGUCUUGUACCAGUCAAAGGCAAUUUCCCGUUUCAUCGCCAAACAAAACAAUCUCUAUGGUACUGAUGAUUUUGAAGCUUACGAGAUCGACGCCACUGUCGACACAAUCGAUGAUUUGAGACAAGCAUGCACGACAUACUACUGGGAACAAGAUCCGGCUUUCAAAGCGAAGCUCAAAGAAACUGCUUUCCAGAAGCUUCCUGUGUAUCUUGACAAACUCAACGAACAGGUUAAGAAAAACGGUGGAUACUUUGUUGGUGGAAAGUUAACCUGGGCAGACUUGUUCUGGGCCGCGCAAAGUGAACUUAUAUCUACUGCCACGGACACAGACUUGGACAAGGACCAUCCUGAACUGAAAAAGUUGGUGGAGAAAGUGAGGGCAUUGCCUAACAUCAAGGCUUACCUCGCCAACCGACCGGAAAAUGCUAUAUGAAAAUGAGAGGCAGAUGGAGCUCCUUGGAUCAGAGAUAUUCAUAGCUCUUGAUUGAUGAGGAAUCAUUUAACAGCAAAUAUAUCAACCCUUGCGCAUCUUCUACAUGAUAUCAUAGUGACACAAACGUUACGCUACAUUUGUUCAGCUGGACAACCGAACAAAAAAAAGUGGAAUUGUAUGUCGCAUGUUCAAAAAUAAAUAUACGUUCACAAGAAA